AUGAGUGAAUUCCCACGCAUUUCAUUACCUGUACCUUUAAUGAAACCACAUUAUGAUGUGGUAGUUAUUGGUUCAGGUUAUGGAGGUUCAAUUGCUGCUUCACGUAUGUCAAGAGCUGGAAAACGUGUCGCUCUUUUAGAAAGGGGCAAGGAAAGAUGGCCAGGCGAGUUCCCACAAAAGUUACACGAAUGCGUAAAAGAGUUUCAAGGUUCCAUUCAAACAAAAUCUCUUGGUCAAAAAACCGGUUUAUAUCAUCUUUAUGACGGUGAACAGCAAGAUGUUCUUUGUGGUUGUGGUCUUGGAGGUACAUCACUUAUCAAUGCCAAUGUUGCUCUCGAAGCCGAUGAACGUGUUUGGAAACAAACUGUAUGGCCACGAGAAAUUCAUGAGGAUAUGGAAAACUAUGGUAGAGCAAAAGAAGUAAUUCAUCCAUCCCCAUAUCCCGAACAUUUUCCUGAAGUUCCAAAACUGAAAGCUUUAGAAGAACAAGCCAAGAGAUUAGGCGAAGAGUUUCACAAGAACUUUAAACGUAUACCCGUUGCCAUCUCAUGGGAGGAUCGUGUUAAUUAUGCUGGUGUUAGACAAAAUGGUUCAACAUUGGUUGGUAAUGAUGUUUCUGGUAAUAAUGAUGGAAGUAAAAAUACAAUGUUGAUGACUUAUAUUCCUGAUGCUUGGAAUCAUGGAUGUGAAAUAUUCUGUGAAGUUAACGUGCCAAGAAUAAAAAAAGAUAGUAAAUCUAAUAAAUGGAUUGUAUUCUAUGAAUGGUUAGAUACCGAAAGAUGUACUUUUUCAGAUGAAAGUACAGUGCAUCUUUAUUUUGUUACUGCAGAUUCAGUUUUUAUUGGUGCUGGAACUAUGGGUUCCAAUGAAAUUUUAUUGAGAUCAAAACUUUAUGGUUUGCCAACUAGUCCAAAUGUAGGAAAAGGUUUUAGCGGGAAUGGUGACAUUUUGGGAUUUGCUUUUAAUUCAGACAUACCUGUUCAUGCUGUUGGAGUUAAGGAACGCUCACAUCAAAAGAAAGCUGUUGUUGGUCCAGAUAUAUCCGGUGUCAUUGACAUGCGAUUGACUGGUGGAGAAUUUGAUGGUUAUGUGAUAGAAGAUGGUACGCUUCCGCAUGCUAUCAGAGCACUCGGUAAACUAGUUAUCCAUACUACUGAUAAUUUUUGUGGAGUAGAUCCUCCAAAUAUCGGUAUUAGCAAGUCAAUAGCUAGAAAAUGGAGAAAAUUUGUUACAAAUCUUGCGGGCGUUUAUCAAGGUGCAAUGCUGAAUACACAAAUAUAUUUAGUCAUGUCACAUGACGAUCAUUCUGGUCAAAUGGAAUUAGUUGAUGACAAACUUAAAAUUCAAUAUCCUGGAGUUGGCGAGUCAAAAAAUGCCAUAAAAAUUAAUGAGGUGUUGAAAAAUGCUGCAUUUUCCAUUGGCGCAUCCUGGGUUCCAUCGCCAACAUGGAAUAAACUCAAUCAUCGUGGUCUGGUUAGUGUUCACCCUCUUGGUGGUUGUAAUAUGGCAUCAGAUGGUAGUAAAGGUGUUGUUAAUCACAAGGGUCAAGUAUUUACAGGCUCUGGUGUAGAAGUUUACGAAGAUUUAUAUAUAUGUGAUGGUUCAAUUGUACCAACAUCACUUGCAAUUAAUCCAUUCUUAACUAUUUCCUGUCUAUCUGAAAGAAUUUGUGAACUGGCCGCAAAAGAUAAUGGUUUGAAAAUUGAUUAUAAACCUGCAGAACAACUUAUAGACUUUACAAAACCACUCAAAUCAUUUAGAGAUGAAACUCAUGAACUUGUUAAACUUUCACGAAAAGGUCCUUUAGAAAAAGGUAUCUCCUUCACUGAAGUAAUGAAAGGUUAUUUCUCAACUGAAAUUAUUUCUAAAGAUUUUGCGGUUGCUGAAAAACAAGCUAAAUCUGCCGACUCAACAAUGCAGUUUUUAUUGACGAUAAUUUGUCAGGACACCGAUAAACUUAUUGAUUUGGACGAUAAUUGUGCAUUCAUAACUGGAACUGUUUCAUGUCGAGCCUUGUCACCUGAUCCAUUACUCGUGACCAGAGGAAAAUUCCGUCUUUUCGUACCUGAACCUGAUAGUGUUGACUCAAAUAGAAUGAUUUACAACUUGAAUUUAUUGGCUACUGAUGGGUCAAAAUAUCGAUUUAAAGGAUUCAAAUUGGUUAAUAAUUCAAAUGUUCUUCAUGCCUGGUAUCAGACAACCGCUCUAUUUGUCUCUGUUUACCUUAGAAACAAAAAAGAUGAUGAUCUUGAACUUGAUGAAAUUAAUGCAAAUCAAGGGGGUAUAGGAGAAGUGGAUGAUGAUGAAAAUGAGAAUUUACAAAUUGCGUCCGGAACUAAAAGGAGUUCAGCGUUCUUAUCAUUCCAUCGAUUCUUUGUUAUGACUUUAAUGAAACAUUCUUUUGCUAUACUACGCAGUUUGGAGUAUCCAACCACUUUAUCCGCAAAACUAUUAACCCAUUCAAAAUUUAUAAGGCCAAAAAAGAAAACUUAUACCAUCACAUCUGAGGAUGGUAUCAAGUCAGCAUUACAUAGAUAUGAAGGUGGAAGAAAAGCAGCAAUGACUUAUGAAAUGUGGUCUACAGAUUUUUCUAAAAACAAUUUAUUGGAUUAUCUUUUGGAAAAUGGAUAUGACGUUUUCUUAAAUGAUUACCGUCUUGCACCAACAAAUGCAGCAGUGCAUGAUCAACAUACUGUUGAUAAAGUUAUGUUGGAUCAGGUAGCUGCUGUUAAUGAAGUUCGUAAUAUUACUGGUGUUGAAAAAAUUGCUGUUAUAGCACAUUGUGUUGGUUCUCUUAUUACUUUUAUGGGAGUAUUAAGUGGUCAAAUUAAAGGUGUAGGAACAAUUAUUUGUUCUUCUACGUCAAUGCAUCCAUAUCUUGGAUUUUGGAAUAGAGUGAAAAUGAAUUUGAGAUUAAUUGAUGUUUAUAGAUAUGUCUUACGUCGACCAGCAUUUGAUGUAAGAACAUCGGCUGACACCAAUUUCAUUGAUCGAAUCAUCAAUCAACUAUUAAGAUUUUAUCCAGUACCAAAAGGACAAGUGUGUCGAAAUGCAUUGUGUCUUAGAGCAUCUUUAUGUUACGGCACAUUGUAUCAACAUGAACAUCUUACACAACAAGUUCACGACUAUCAACAUCAAUUCUUUGGUUCAGUGAAUCUAACUACACUCAAGCAUCUUUUCACAAUGGCUCGUAAAUGUAAAUUAGUUGAUUACAAUUCCAAAGAUAUAUAUGUUAAUGAUGAAAAUGUGAAAAACAAUUUAAAUUUCCCUAUAACAUUUAUUCAUGGUGAUAAAAACGUUGUGUUUGAGAUAAGUUCAACAAGAAAAUCAUAUGAUUAUAUUCGUCAAAUAAAUGACCCCGACAAUUAUAGUCUUCGUGAGAUUGAUGGAUAUGGACAUCUUGAUGUUUGGUGGGGAACUAACGCAAUAAAGGAUGUUUAUCCAAUAGUUUUAGAACAUUUGGAAAAAAAUAAAGAUAAAUAUGGCUAUCAUUAA